AUAGAGGGCAAACGAUUGUUUUCCUAUUUGGAUGGUUCUCUUCUUAUGCCUACUGAGUCCGCCACUGCCAAAGAGAAGGUUGACUGGGCUGCCAAUAAUGCUCACGUUACAUCGUGUUUACUUGGGGCUGUGGAUCUUGGCAUUGCCUUGAGUUUGCGUUCGUUCUCUACUGCCCACGAAAUGUGGCAGCAUCUUUGUUCUCUCUAUUCUCAGACCAGUGCAUCUAGGCAAUUUGAAGUUUCUACUGCUAUUGCUAAUCUGUCUCAGGGUGACUUGGAUGUUCGUAGUUAUUAUCAGUCUGCCCUUCAUCUCUGGACGGAGGAAGACAUGCUAUCUCUUGCCGUCACUAAGGGACAGGUUGUUCCGGCUAUGCUUCAGGAACGCAAACGCCUUCGUCUUAUGCAAUUCUUAGCCAAGCUGCGUCCUGAAUUUGAACCUGUCCGUGCUUCGUUGCUUCAUCGCAAUAUCUCUUCUCUUGAUGAUGUCGUUGCUGAACUCAUUAGAGAAGAGACUAGAUUGCGUAGUCAGGCUCAAGUUGAUCAUGGCUCCUUUAGUUUUGAAACUGCUUUUGCGGUUGGACGCACCAGCAAGCCUCAAUUUCAGCGUCCAGUUCCUUCUCACGUUGAGUGUCAUUACCGCCGAGAGAAGGGCCAUGUCAAGAUUCACUGUCGGAAGAGAAAUCACUGCAACUACUGUAAGACCGAUGGCCAUAUUGUGCUCGAUUGUCCGAGCCUAGCUCGGCGUGGAAAGUCCGGUGGGUCUCGUCCAGCUGCUCCUGUUCCAGCUUACGGCGUGCAGCUUCCCCUACCGUCGCAGCCCUCAUCGGCUCCUUCUGCCGGUCUGCUGGGUGUUUGUCCUGCCACUGCCAGCUUGUCUUCUGAGACUAUUGAGCAGCUUGUUCAGUCUGCGCUUGAAAAGGUUCUCCCUUCAGCUUUGCAAUCUGUUUUCUCAGCUACUCCUCCGACAGGUACUCCGGUCUCUUGGCAUCUUGAUUCAGCUGCUUAUAACCAUAUGUCUAGCAUUCAUGAUCAGUUCUUAACCUUGAAACGAGCUCCUUCUCUUGAACUACAAGUGGCAAAUGGUUCCCGUCUUCCUGUUCAGGGGAUGGGCACUGUUCGACAGCCUAAUCUUAUGUUAUCUGAUACUCUAUAUGUUCCUGGCUUGGUGCCCAAUCUUGCUUCUGUUGGCCAGUUAUUCGAAAAUGGAUGUCGUGUUAUAUUUGAUUCAGAUGGCUGUCUGGUACAGGAUCGGAGCACGGGGAGGACGCUUGGUAGAGGUUCGAAGCAUGGGCGCACUUACACAUUAGAUAGCUUGCAGUCUUUGGAGUCAUGUCCGUCGUUGGGGAAUGGAGUCAUGGUGGGCGCGCCCUCUGCUGCCAAGAAUUCUUCGAGUUUUGAUAGUGAUUUGCAUUCUUUUUCUGUUUCAUUGGAUGAUUGGAAUUUGUGGCAUUGUCGUUUGGGUCACCCCCAUGCUGUACGGUUGAAAACUAUGUUUCGGAAUAAGCUUCUGCCUGGGGUUUUGGGGUCUCAGUCUGCUUAUGAUACUCCUUGUGUUAGUUGCAUUCAGGCGAAAACAACUCAGAUUUCUUUUGGUUCUAGUGAUACGCAGUAUGCUGCUGCUUUUGAUUUGGUUCAUACAGAUUUGUGGGGUCCUCCGCCUACUACUUCUCGCAUGGGUUAUCGUUACUUUGCAUUAUUCAUAGACCAUGCUACUCGUUAUUGUUGGGUAUAUUUCCUGCGUAAGAAAUCUGAGCUUUGUGGAAUAGCACAUGAGUUUGUUCAGAUGGUCCGCCGUACUCAGUUUGGUAAGACGGUCAAGAUUAUUCGUUCUGAUCCCGGUGGUGAGUUCAACUCGACUCCCCUACUUACUUUCUAUCGGCAACAUGAGAUUCUUUCUCAACUUUCAUGUCCUGGUGUCUCACAGCAGAAUGGGUUGGUGGAAAGGAAGCAUCGUCACGUGCUUGAUCUUACUCGGGCUCUUCUUAUUCACUCCCAUGUUCCUGUUGGUUUUUGGGUGGAGGCAGUUCGCACUGUCAUUUAUUUAAUCAAUCGCCAGGUUACUCCUGUUCUGAACCAGCAUUCGCCCCAUUUCAUGCUAUUCGGUAAACAUCCUGACUACACGCGUUUACGUGUGUUUGGCUGUCGUUGUUUCGUCUUACUGACGGCUAAAGAACGUCACAAAUUGGAACCUAAGGUUGCUACUUGUGUCUUUAUCGGGUACAGUGAUCGUCAGAAAGGCUACAUGUGUUACGAUGUUGUUUCUCGUCGAGUUCGUAUCUCUCCUCAUGUAGUCUUCAUGGAACAGAUUUUGCACUACAAGCUACACUCCAAAGACCCUCCUGAUCUUUCCUUUCUUGACUCUCUUCCGCUGGCAACUCUCUUGGAGAUGACCACUCCGACUCAGUCUGCCCUCCCUCCUGUUUCCCCAGAACCGAGCUCCCCUUCUCAUUCCGGAUCAUCAUCUGAUGAUUUUUCCACCUCGCCCGAGCCUGUUACGCCGCCGACAGGGAGCUCGUCCUCCUCCGGCUCCUUGUCCAGUUCGCCUUCAUCUAGCGAGCUCGAUUCCUCUCCCUCACCGUCUCCGAAUCCCGCGGCUCCAGUACUGCGUCGCUCCAACCGGAGCAACUUCGGCCAACCUCCACUUCGGUCCCAGGAUUUCGUGGCCUUUUCGGUGGAUGCUCUUGCCAUUCCCAUCCCUACCUCGUAUCGCCAGGCACGUGGAGAUGAGAAUUGGGAGCGAGAUAUGGAUGAGGAAAAGGAUGCGCUUGAAGCUCAAAAUACCUGGACUCUUGUCCCUCGACCUGUGGAUCAGAAUGUGGUGGGUUCUCGAUGGGUAUACACAGUCAAACUCAAUCCCGAUGGGACACUGGAACGGUUCCGCGCUCGGGUUGUUGCUCAGGGGUUUAAACAAGAAUUUGGUAUCGAUUAUGAGGAUACUUUUGCGCCAGUUGCGAAAAUGCAAACUGUCCGCACUGUUUUGGCUGUGGCCGCAAUGCAGAACUGGCCUCUGGUGCAGCUUGAUGUUAAAAAUGCUUUCCUUCAUGGUGACUUGAAGGAGACCAUUUAUAUGGAGAGGCCUCCUGGUUACACUAAGGGUGAUAGUUCUACAGUCUGUCUUUUGCAUAGGUCUCUUUAUGGUUUGAAACAGGCUCCGCGUGCGUGGUUUGAGAAAUUUCAUACUACGAUUCUACAGGCGGGGUUUGUUCAAAGUGCCAAUGACCCAUCCUUGUUCACGCGGUCUACGAUUCACGGUUUGACAGUUCUGUUGAUUUAUGUCAAUGACAUGAUAGUGACUGGUGGUGAUUCUGCAGGUAUACAGGAAUUGACUGAUGUUUUGCACAAGGCGUUUCAUCUGAAGGAGUUGGGUAAUCUUGCUUAUUUUCUGGGUUUGGAGGUGCAACGUUCGACUCAUGGGUUAUUUGUUUCUCAGCAUAAAUAUAUAUUGGAUCUCCUGGAUCACGCACGGCUUUCGGACUGCAAACCUGUAGUGACUCCUAUGGAACAAAAUUUGAAGUUGAGCAGUACGAGUGGCGAUGUUCUCUCUUCUUCAGAUAGUUCUCUGUAUCGCAGUCUGGUUGGGAGUCUAAUCUACUUGACUUCUACUCGGCCUGAUGUUUCCUACGCUGUCCAGAUUGUCAGUCAGUUUAUGUCCUCUCCCAGGAUGCUGCAUUUGGAUGCUGUAUUUCGGAUUCUUCGUUAUUUGCGAGGCACAGCUGAAGUUGGUCUUUAUUUUCCCUCCUCUGGUGAUUUCUCUCUAUCUGCCUAUUUGGAUGCUGAUUAUGUGGGAUGUCUUGAUACUCGGCGGUCUACUUCUGGAUAGUGUGUCCAGUUUGGUUCAUCGAUCAUUUCUUGGCGGUGUAAAAAGCAGGAUCGCGUUUCUAAAUCUUCUACUGAAGCCGAGUAUCGUUCUAUGUCUGAUGUCAGUUCCGAGUUGGUCUGGUUACAUCGCCUUCUUGCCGAGUUGGGUAUCACUUGUCCUACUCCAGUAACCUUGUAUGCCGACAAUAUGAGUGCUAUUCGGAUUGCUACG